AUGAGAUCUACCUUAGUUACACUCGCGACUGCGUUAAUUGUUGCUGCUGCCCUUGAAGAACCACAACAAGUUCUUUCCUCCGCCCCACAAUGUCCAAUCGACAUCCCAAUUUCAUGUACCAACUCCACCCCAAUCGUCAACAGUUGCUGCUUUGAAAGCCCUGGGGGAAUGUUACUCCAAACCCAAUUCUGGAACUAUAACCCUGCAUUUGGACCUGAUGACGAAUUCACCAUUCAUGGGUUAUGGCCAGACAGAUGUGAUGGAACUUAUGAUCAGUUUUGUAGAUCUGAGUUACAAGUUUCGGGAAGACAAAUUAAAGAUAUUGUUGUUAACAAGUUCAAGGACCAGAAAUUGUAUGAUGGGUUGAAAACCACUUGGAAGUCAAAUAAAGGUGAUGAUGACGAUAUUAAUUUCUGGGCUUAUGAAUUUAACAAACACGCCACUUGUUUAUCAACUAUUCUUCCUACCUGUUAUGGUGCUUUCAAAGAUGGCGAAAACGUCUAUGAUUAUUUCUCAGUUGUUUAUGAAUUAUUUGAAAACUUGCCAACUUACAAGUGGUUAGGUGAUGCUGGUAUUGUCCCAUCCAACACCCAAACCUAUACCAAGAAGCAAAUUGCAGACGCAUUGAGCUCUAAAUUUGGCGAAGAAGUUUACUUCAACUGUGACCACAACCAUGCUAUCAACGAAAUUCACUAUUUCCACCAUAUCAGAGGUUCACUCUUGCAAAGAAACUUCAUUCCUUUACCUGCCAAACCUAUCACUCACGAUAACAAAGCAUGCCCCAACGAAGGUAUAAAGUUCCCACCUAAGGGAAGCAGAGGUCCUCAACCAACCCAUACUAGACCAGGUGAACCUGGUCCUGUCCCUACCGGAACUCCUUCUGCCGGAUACAUUAGACUUGAAGAUCAUGCUGGAUGUCUUAUUUCGAACGGGCAUUGGUUUACUUCUGGAACUUGUGCAACGUAUCAUUUCAUUGACCUUCAAUAUGGAGGAACAAGUAUCAAGUCUACUAAGGGAUAUUGUGGAUUCGAUGAUAAAGGUCAAUUCACUUGUAAUAGAAGUAUUGAUGGAAGCAAGUUCCAUUUCCUGGUAAAGGAAGGUAAUGUAGGUUACGGUGGUAAGUUUGAUUGGUGUCUUAAUAAAAAGGGAAGUACUGGUGAAGGUCCAUACAAGCAAACACCAGUUAUCUUAGCUGAUGGCAAGUGUGAAUCGUUCAAAUUAUACGUUGAAACUAGAUAA